AUGGCUAAGAUUUCCCAAGACGUCUCAUCCUCCAGAUCCAAGGCAAGAAAGGCCUACUUCAACGCCCCAUCUUCUGCCAGAAGAGUUUUGCUUUCCGCUCCUCUCUCCAAGGAGCUCAGAGAACAAUACAAAAUCAAAGCUCUCCCAGUGAGAAAAGAGGACAAGGUGCUUGUUGUUAGAGGUUCUAAGAAGGGCCAGGAGGGAACCAUCUCUUCCGUCUACAGAUUGAAAUACUCCAUCCAGCUCGAGAAAGUGACCAAAGAGAAAUCCAACGGUGCCAGUGUGCCUAUCAACAUCCACCCAUCCAAGGUGGUCAUCACCAACUUGCACUUGGACAAGGACAGAAAGGCCUUGAUCGAGAGAAAGGGUGGUAAGGCUGAAUAA